GGAGAAAUGCCCCACACAUCAAAAAGAGAGGGCGUCUUCUAUGCUCAUCAGCUGCUGCAGUAGACCCUGUCUUGCAAAGACGUUCUUUCGCUGAUAUCCGCCCACUUGCGGCAUAAGCCCCUCCUACUCACGGUUCUCCGGUCUGCAGAGAUACAUACUUGAACUCAAGAAGAAGAAGAAGCAGCUGAACCCGGUGCUGUGUUUGGUUUAACGUGAAUCAUCUAUCUGUAAUAAUGCAGUCAGCAGAAGAGGGAAACGUCACUCCUGUAGAUCUACAGCAUGAAGGAUUCCAGGAGAAACUAAUAAAAAAGGAAGAAGAUGAAGAUGGAGGUUACUACUAUAAAGGAUCCAUAAUCCCUGUGGAACUCGUCACCUCUGAGGAACAUCUUACCCCAGCGGACCAACAGGAUGGAGGUUUCCAGAUGAAGCCUGUGAAGAAGGAAGAAGCUGAAGAUGAAGAUGAACUCAAACUGAACAAGGAUUCCUCCUGCUCCUCGUGUCCACGUUCCUCUACAACCCAAAAUCACCUCCACAAUCACAUCAAGAGCUGCAACCAUGAUAAAUAUGAUGCGCUGGUGAAGAUUAAGACUGAACAUGAGGAUCUGACGCCCACCAGAAGCUCCAGUAAUCAGCAAACGUCCUCUGGUACUGUCAGCAUUAACACCUCUCUCAGUCCCACACAGGAAGAAGGAAACGUCUGCUCACUGUGUGGGAAGAGCUUCAAGUUCCAGAGUUAUCUCAAAAUACACCAGCGCAUUCACACUGGAGAGAGACCUUAUCAGUGCUCACAGUGUGAGAAGAGUUUUAGUACACAGGGUGUUUUCAGAAUACACCAGCGCAUUCACACUGGAGAGAAACCGUAUCAGUGCUCACAGUGUGGGAAGAGUUUUAGUACACAGGGUAAUCUCAAAAUACACCAGCGCAAUCACACUGGAGAGAAACCGUAUCAGUGCUCACAGUGUGGGAAGAGUUUUAAUCAUGAAAGUGCUAUCAAAAGACACCAGCGCAUUCACACUAGUGAGAAUCCGUAUCAGUGCUCACAGUGUGGGAAGAGUUUUAGUACACAGGGUAAUCUCAAAAUACACCAGCGCAAUCACACUGGAGAGAAACUGUAUCAGUGCUCACAGUGUGGGAAGAGUUUUAUUCAUGAAAGUGUUAUCAAAAGACACCAGCGCAUUCACACUGGUGAGAAACCGUAUCAGUGCUCACAGUGUGGGAAGAGUUUUAAUGAACAAAGUAAUCUGAAAGUACACCAGCGCAUUCACACUAGAGAUAAACCGCAUGAGUUUUCACAGUGUGGGAAAAGUUUUAAUUGUCAGAGUAAUCUGAAUACACACCAGCACAUUCACACUGGAGAAGAAGGAAACGUCUGCUCACAGUGUGGGAAGAGCUUCAGAUUCCAGAGUGCUCUUAAAAUACACCAGCGCAUUCACACUGGAGAGAAACCCUAUCAGUGCAUAGAGUGUGGGAAGAGCUUUAUUACACUGAGCAAUCUCAAAGUACACCAGCGCAUUCACACUGGAGAAAAACCCUAUCAGUGCUCACAGUGUGGGAAAAGUUUUAAUCAACAUAGAAAUUUCAGAACACACCAGCGCAUUCACACUGGAGAGAAACCAUAUCAGUGCUCACAGUGUGGAAAGAGUUUCAAUACACAGAGUCAUCUUAAAAGACACCAGCGCAUUCACACUGGUGAAAAAACGUAUCAGUGCUCACAGUGUGGAAAGAGUUUCAAUACACAGGUUAAUCUUGAAACACACCAGCGCAUUCACAAUGGAGAGAAACCAUAUCAGUGCUCACAGUGUGGAACGGGUUUUAAUAAUCAGAGUGCUCUUAAAAGACACCAGCACAUUCACACUGGAGAUAAACCGUAUCUGUGCUCACAGUGUGGAAAGAGUUUUAUUCAACAGAGUCAUCUCAAAAUACACCAGCGCAUUCACACUGGAGAGAAACCGUAUCAGUGUUCGGAGUGUGGAAAAAUAUUUACUCAUCAGAGUUCUCUAAAAAAACACCAGCACAUUCACACUGGAGAGAAACCGUAUCAGUGCCCACAGUGUGGGAAGAGUUUUAAUCAACAGAGUUCUCUAAAAACACACCAGCGCAUUCAUACUGGAGAGAAACCAUAUCAGUGCUCGGAUUGUGGGAAGUGUUUUAAUCGACAGAGUCAUCUUAAAAAACACCAGCACAUUCACAGCCGAGAGAAACCGUAUCGAUCUCUAAAAAUCACCAGAAACGUCUGCUCACAGUGUGGGAGGAGCUUCAGGGUCCUCAGCGCCCUCAAGAGACACCAGCGCAUUCACACUGGAGAGAAACCGUAUCAGUGCCCACAGUGUGGGAAGAGUUUUACUCUACAGAGUAGUCUAAUAAAACACCAGCGCAUUCACACUGGAGAGAAACCGUAUCAGUGCUCACAUUGUGGGAGGAGUUUCACUCAACAGUGUAAUCUAAAAAAGCACCAGCACAUUCACACUGGUGAGAAACCGUAUCAGUGCUCACAAUGUGGAAAGAGUUUUAAUACACAGACUGAUCUAAAAAUACACCAGCGCAUUCACACUGGAGAGAAACCAUAUCAGUGCUCACUUUGUGGAAAGAGGUUUAAUACACAGAGUGCUCUCAAAAAACACCAGCACAUUCACACCGGAGACAAACCGCAUCAGUGCUCACAGUGUGGAAAGAGCUUUUAUCAACAGAGUGAUCUUAAAAAUCACCAGCGCAUUCACAGUGGAGAGAAACCGUAUGAGUGCUCACAGUGUGGAAAAAGUUUUAAUCAUCAGGGUAAUCUCAAAAUCCACCUGCGCAUUCACACCGGAGAAAAACCCUAUCAGUGCUCACAGUGCGGGAAGAGCUUUAAUCAACAGAAUUGUUUAAAAAUACACCAGCACAUUCACACUGGAGAGAAACUGUAUCAGUGCUCACAGUGUGGGAAGAGUUUCAAUUAUCAAAGUCAUCUUAAAGAACACCAGCGCAUUCACACUGGAGAGAAACCGUACCAGUGCUCACAGUGUGGAAAGAGUUGCAAACGGCUGAGUCAUCUCAAAACCCAUCAGCGCAUUCACACUGGAGAGAGACCGUAUCAGUGCUCACAGUGUGGGAAGAGUUUUAAUCAACAGAGUCAUCUCAAAACACACCAGCGCAUUCACACUGGUGAGAAACCAUAUCAGUGAAGAGUUUUAAUACACUGAAAAUAAUUUUUAGGCUUGUCUCAUACUUGCUGCACCUCAGCUGGAUGUCAGUGACAUUCAUACCAUCACCGUCUGCAUGCCAGAGAUCACCAUCACCUCUCUGUACAAACCACCUACCACCCAAAUGCAGACUUUAACUCUCACCACACGAUGUGGGGCUACGAUUCUACUGACAGUGAUGAACUAGUCGAACAGCUGGAUGGAGAAUAUGCAGCAGGAGUAAUACACAACGCUAAACUCCCAAAGUCCUUUAACAGCAGCGGCUGGAAAAGAGGUUACAACCCAGGCCAGAGAUUAGCACAUCUGAGCCCAAAGACUGACCAAAGAAAACAUUAAAAUGAAAUUUUGCUGGAUCCCAGGGCAGAAACAAAUGGCAGCUUGAAUGGGAAUCACAACACAAUAAUAAACGUCAUGAAAUACCCCAAUAUCAACACACACCACAAAUCUACACCAACUAACGGAACGGAGCAAUCUGUAUGGACUAAAUGCCGCAUCGGACACACCGAAUUAACUCUUUCACACCUAAUUCUUUUCUGUUAAGAUGGGUCAGUUUUCCUCCCCAUCAGCACCUUUUACAUGUGGGGUACCUCAGGGCUCUAUUUUGGGUCCUAUUCUGUUUUAAUUAUACAUGCUCCCCCUUGGGUCCAUUUUUCAGAAGUAUCAAAUCCCUUAUCACUGUUAUGCAGAUGACACUCAGCUCUACCUUCCACUAAAACCAGGAGUUAAUGGUUAUCUGCACCUCAUCUUUGACUGUCUGAGAGAUAUUAACAGCUGAGUGUUUAAAACUUUCUUAAUUUAUACCAAGACAAAACCGAUAUUAUUGUUUUUGGAAAUCCUGAUUCGGCCAGAGCCGUAGCUAAUGACCUGGGGCCAUUAGCAUUGUAUGUAGAUAGCCAUGUAAAAAUCUGGGUGUUGUUUUUUAUUCUGCUGUUAAGUUUGAGAAGCAAGUGAAUGCUGUUGUGAGAGGUUAGGAGGAUAGCAAAAAUAAAAAGCAUCCUGUCUUU